AUGGCCGCGGGGUGGAGCAGGUUGUCCUCCUGGCCUUGCACCGGUGCUGACGCAUUCCUUCGGGAGCCUAUGGAUGGAGUUGUCGACAUGGAGGCUCAGCCUAAGGUAGAGCCCGUCGCGGAGAAGCUUCUGGCGGAAGCUGUGAGCCAGAGCGAGCAAGAAGGCGAUUGCCAUGAUUGCAAUCCUUGUGUGUUCUUUGCGAGCUCCAUGGGCUGCUUGCACGGUGUGGGCUGCCGAUUUUGCCACGUCCACCCUGCGAAGAAGGAUGGUCCGGCAAAGCGUGCGCGGAAGCAGACGCGUGACAAGCUGAAGGCCCAGGUGCUGGGGCUGAUAGCAAACCAAGAGGACAUGCAGGCACAGCAGGACGAGCUUCAGCAGAUGGCCAAGAACAACUCCUUCGCGCGUGCCUUCAUCCUGGCAUGCCUCGAAGGCCAUGUGCUCGCAGCUCAUGCCGAGAUCCCCGACGAAGAUCGCGCUCGCAUCCUGCUACCUGGGCCAGUGCCACGCUUCAAGUGA